UUUGUUUUUCUGUUUUUAUCGUUUUCUUUGUCGUAUGUGUCCCGAUUUGGUGCUCAGAAUAAGAUGAUACAGUAGUACUGUACAGUCAACUGCCGAUGAAUAAAAUGUAGCCAGAGAUUGGAGGGAGCAAUGGUGCACUUACAAUCAAAACGCUUGUGACAGGUUACUACUAUGGUCAACUGGUCCUAACGUGACAGAUCAAAAUAUAAACGAUUUUGUUGUGUACAUCUACACUCAGUAUGUAAAUACAAAUUUAAGAUGGAAGUCGGUAGCGUUCAAGCUCUGGUAAAUCUUGAUCAUGUGUGGAGUACAUCUUCUGUAGACAUUCAAAAUACUUUUGUACCAAUGACUUUCACAUUUGAGGAUGGAGUUCAGAGUGAAGUAGAGAUCGCAACAGAGCGGCCCACACAUGAAUUAAUGAAUCAAGCUAGAAGCUCUGUACUUGUAAGUAAACAUCCACUGUUAAAUAAUCUGUUUUUGGACAAAGAUGCAUCAAAAUCAGCCACACACAAGAUACCGAGUGGUAACUCAUCGGUUAAAGAAGGUCUUGAGAAAGAAGCAAGCACCCAACCAAAUGAUACGAUAGAAGAAUCUGCGGUUAAGCUUAAGCAUGUUGACAACGAGAUAAAAAAAUCGAAGCUCAAGCAAAGCAACAAGAUUGAUGAAGAGGAAAAAGGCAAAAGCAAAACAGACACCAGCAGUGAGGAAACAGAUGACAGCCAUCUGAUUAAAUGUAUGUUGUGCCAAGCUUCAUUCAAGGAUGUUAUUUCUCUAGAAACGCACAUUUCAAACAACCACAAAGUAUCUUAUUACUAUUGUUCACACUGCCGAUGUACAUUCCAAGAUGUUAAGUCAUUGCUUGAUCACUCCCCAAACCAUGUUCUUGAACAAAUGCUUCGCUUCAUCAAGUCUCAUAGAGUUGGAUGCAGUAUAUGCUGGCAAGGUUCUCCUGACUUCAAGGCUUUGACAGAUCAUGUGAUGAAGAUGCAUAACUUAAAGGUCUACUGUUGUUCAUCAUGCCAAUUCUUAUGCUUAGAUCUUAAGGACCUUGCUCAACAUGAACAGUCACACUGCAUGGGCAUCUCAAAAGAAACCUCCAAAUUUAGUUCUCUAGCUACAGUCUGUAAUUGCAAAGUUUGUGGUCUGGAACUAGAGACCAGAGAGGAUGUGACACAACACAUGAAAAUGCAUAAAGCUGGAAACAUGUAUGUGUGCGAGUUUUGUGGGGAAUGUUUUUGUACUCGACAGAAGGUGAUCCAACAUCGACGAGUGCAUACUGGAGAUAAACCUUUCCGUUGCCAACUUUGCCAUUUUUCUUGUAACCGCAAGGAUAAUCUGAAAGGGCACUUGAGGAGAAUUCAUUCUCAUGCUGACAGACCGCUUUCCAAGAAACCUAAAAGGGACACAGAAUUUGGAAGUGUUAUCAAAAAAGAAAAUAAACCAGACAAAAUUUCAAAUGAUCAUAUAGAGAUAUCUAAAGUUGUCUUGGGAAUUCGUUCAGAUAAGUUGUCUUCAAAUGAUUGCCAAAACCAGGAGGAAGAUCAGAAACUCAAAGAUCAUUCUUAUUUUCGUUCCGAUGGCUCUUUGAAAGAUGUAGAACCAUCAGUUGAGCCAACCAAUCAAAAAACUGUUGUUGUAGAGCCAGAUGCUCACAACAGUGCCAUAAAAGCCUCUGUGAAAGUCAGUGACUGUACUCUAAUUUCUGGCAGUGACAUAGAAAAGGCAGCAGUUGAUUUGGGUAAGCUUCCUUCCCCCAUGCUUCUUACUGCACCUGAAUAUGAUGAUCUUGGCCAGUGCUCAGAGGCAUCAUCCAUUGAUAUUGAUGAACCUUCAAAAAAAAGACCAAGAAUCUCACCUAAGAUAAACACAGUUGGCAGUGAAAUUAGUCCAGCACUCUUCCUUAGGGGACCUCCAGAAAAACUCCUCAAUGGCAACAAUGUUUCAUACCAUUCUGGGUUGCCAUCAGUAGGUUGUUCUGAUACAGCCAGAAGAGAUGGAAGCAUGUUAAUGAUAUCACCUGAUAAGAUUUUCGAAUCAAGCCCAAGUCACCAAUCUUGUAGCAGUAAUCUAAUUAGCUCCAGCUUUUCUGAGUCAUGCUCCAACCUGCCAACAGUAAAUACUUUCUUAGGCGAAAGUAUUGCCAGUGUGAUUGAUGAUGUUGGUAGUGAUUACUCAGAGUAUUUUGCAGAAUUUUCUGAUCAGGGAGAUUUCUUACAGUCACUAGGUCUUGUUAAAGAGGGUGCAAUCCCAGAAGUCCCAGAUGCAAAAGCAUCUCCACCUCGGGAAAGGAAUAUUUAUUUGGAAUUUGUGAAAAGUCUUGAAGCAGAGGGAAAGAAAGAUAUCAAAAAGCCAAUCAAACUAAAAGGAUUUUCACAUUAUGAAUCAACUUGUUAUAAAUGUAAAGAGGAAUUUGAUUCCAAGCAGGAAUUGAAAGGACAUUUACAUGGAUACAAAGAGAAUGGUAAAUUUCCUUGUGACAUCUGUAACUAUCCUUUGAAAGAGUUACGCAAGUUAAUGGAGCAUAGACGCAGUCACACUGGUGAAAAACCUUACAAAUGCAAUCAGUGUGACUUUAAAUGUUCCAGAAGAGAUAAUCUUGCUGUCCAUAUGAAGAAGCACUCCAGAUGAUGGGCAAUGCACCCAUUCCGUUAUGAUAUAUUCAUACGUCCGCUAUUUAGUGUUCAUGUGGUCAUUACAGAAUUUUUACUUUGUAAUCCAAAUUUAUUUAAUCAGAAAAUUGUUUCUGUUACCAAGUACUUCUUUUUUUUUUAGGUGGUAAUUUUGUUAAUAUUGAAUCUUGAUUUGUCAAAUUGUUACAGACUGUCAGUUUUAAGCUCUGUCCAGAUUAUGAUCACAUUUUUGUUGACAAAAAACAUAUAUAGUCAAGAUGUGCCUAUAUAUGGCCAUGAUGUGGUAUCAUCAUGACUAUAUUUAGGCAUGUUAUAUGUUUUUUUUUCAAAUAAAAUGUGAUAGUCUGUACGGGGCUUUCGAGAAUCGGGACGGGAGGCUUGAGUGUGGAUUGUACAGUAUAUAGUAUUAAGAUAUGCACGAAAUGAUAAAUGCAUAUUUAUUAUAAGUCAGUGGUGAUGUCAUCAUUUUUAUUUGCACUGAAUUUUCCUAUUCCCGACUGAUUACUAUAUCGAUAUAGUGCGUCAAAUUUUUUGCAUUUCAUACUAAAAGCUGGGGUGAUUUUACUAACAAUACAUCGCGAUAAAAUAUUCUUUUGCUAGGCCAAGCUAUGAAUGCUCGCCAAGCUUGCUCUACGGCACCUGUUAACACGAAUGAAGCCUAGACCGUUCUAGGCCUGGCCUAGAAAACAAGGUGAUUGACUAAUUAAAGAACUGAAAAAAUAUGGCAAUGCUAAAAUAAUUCAUAAUAAUGUUUACAAUAUAUUUUAGUCUAUUAACAAAUGUCUGUUAGGAUGUUAGGCCUACCUAAUAAACUUCAUUUAAACCACAAUCGAUUUAUUCAUCUCCAUAUCGCCAAGAGUAUCGCAAAGUGCUGUGUAAAUAGUGUCAGUGCGCAUACUAAGAAAUUCUAAUACGCGUAGCUAUUGCACGUGCACAAUGAUCACUGAGCAACCUGCACUUAUGAUGUAGGGCCUUAGAAACCCCUCUACAACCAGCAUUUUGAUUAUAAACAAGGUGAUGGACAUCACAGCUGACUUAUAAAGCAAUUAUAGUCAAGUAAUUUCAUAUGCUAUAGGAAAUAGAAGCCUUUAGGAACCAUUAUUGCCUUCAGCCCUAUAAGCUUCAGGCAAUUUUUUUUAGUAAACAAUGGCUCCUUUGGUUUCUAUUUCCUAUAGUGUACUCAAAACCUACCUAUAAUUACUUAUUAAGACAUAAAACGUGGAAAUACAGCCACUUUACUGUAUUUCUGUGUCAUAGUUGACAAUUACUGUAAUAUCUGUAUAUUUUCCUACAUAACAUGUGUUACAUUGUGGGCCUACAGUUGAAAUUUUGUCUCUAUAAUUUCUCUUACUCAAAAGGAAUUCAGUUAGUUGAAUUAUAACUUCAGCAUGCAUUCUAUUAUCAGAAAAUCAUGUCUAUUUGAUGUGACAUGAUCCAUUUUAAAUUAUUGUGUUCCUCAGGAAUUGUAAGAAUGUGUUUUUUUUUUUAGUAGAUAUUGAUUGUUUAUUUCAACAAAGUUUUGAAGUAUAAAGUUUCCGGAAACAUUGAUUAUUUAAAAUUUAUUAUUAUUAAGAUAUGCGGCCCUUACAGAGCAGUAUGCACUGCUAGUAAUGGCAGGGCAUCCCAUAAUUAACAUUAUACAUUAUAUUGCGCAAUUGCUAGUGUAUGUUAAACUCUGUACAACUGAAUUAGUAGCAAAUGUGGAAUGAAAUGUCUUUGUAUAUGUUGUUGUAUGUGUGUUUGUAUUCAUUAGAACCUGGAGGCUAUGUGUGACGUUAGCAUGUGCGCUUCCUAUAGGAAAAAUACUCAUUUUCAUUCUUCCCAUCUUUAAUAUAUUAUGUUUAUUUAUAUCAUAUUUUAAAAUUAUUUACUAUUGUAUUUAUUUAUUUUUUUUAUAUUAUUUUGAUAUAAUUAAUAUUAGUAUUCCAUUCUCAGUGUCUAUAUUUAUUAUAAUAUUUUGUAAUUACAGUCCUUGCUGUUUACUAAGUCUGUUGUUUAUUUAUUUAUUUAUUUAUUAAUAGACGAGUCUUCCUUAACGCUCCUCAAUAAAUAUUAAGUAGUACUCAUUCUGGGCUUCAGAAAGGUUUUAUAUUUAGGAAUGUGUUUGAUGAAAUUAUAAUGUGUGCUUAUAAUUAAGGUGCAUUUUAUAUAAACCAUCUAAUAAUUAUGUAGAGCAAUUAUCGACUGUUAAAUGAGGACAUAGCACUGCAGUAAGUGGUCCUCCUGGUUCCACACCUUAAUUUAGCUAACUGCGUAAACUCAUAAAAAAUUAAAUCAGUAUGUUGUUAAUUUUUUUUUUCUUGCACUGCAAAUAUUGCCCUGGUCAGUUCCAGAUAAGGAGUUACUUUUUAUUUUUUUUAUUUAUAACCCAUAAAAUGCUUGCACUUAGUGCUCAAAUGGUGGGUGAACCAUCCCUCAGCCCAUCAAGAUGCAAUGAUUUCUUUAUUAUUUAUCAUAUAUCAUAUCAUUGUUGUCAGUCAAUUUGUAUAAAUUUAGUGACUUUAAAAUCCAAUAUUUUGUAAUUUAAUGUAAAUAUAUCUACAAUCUUCACCUAAGGUGUGACCUGUAUUAUGGUCAAUGUAAUUCGUGUUUGCUUAAUUUUAAUAUGUGUGCCAUAUGUGUGCCAUAUGUGUGCCAUUUUCAUAUUUAACAAUGGAGUUCCAUCCAGCAAAGCCUAUUAUUUAGACCUUCCUAAUGCUCUGUAAUCAAGUCUUUGAGAUUUGAAGUGAGGGAGAGUGUGGGGGGUGGGGGGGGUGGAGAGGCCAUCAUUUGAGACCCUUGAUGAUCUACAACUGAGUCUUGUUAUGAUGCUUGGAGAUUAGUGAGCUGAUCAUUUGGCAUCCUAGGUACUCUAUAGUAAAUGGAGAGUGAAUUAUUUGGAACAGGUGUCAUGCCGAAGUCCAGGAUGGUGUAGACUAUUGAUGCUUGGUAGCUUUUACUAGGCUUUAGGACAUUUUUGCAAAGCUUGAACUCAGGAUCGCUCAAAGCUAUUGCUGUAGUUAUAGCUUAUGUGAUAUAAAUUCAAAUAGCAGGCAAUUGAGAUCAUUAUUAUAAAAAAUAUGGGGGAUAGAUUAAAAAUGGGUAGGGGGAACCUAGUGGUAGGAAAUGAAUAGCCCUACAGAUGACAAUCAACAUUGGUGCUUUUCCUACAUUCAAUAGAUAAUUAUUUGGAAUAUUCCAUUCUGCAUAUAGGUAGGAUCUUGAUAAUUUUAAAUAGAAAAAUAAAUAUAAUGGAUAAUAAUGUUUCCAUAUUAUACUUGCUACGUUCAGGCAAUUUAAAGCUAAAGCGUAAGAUUUUUUUGCUAAAUUUAAUUUUUGUUGUAAUUUGUCUCCGAUGACAAUUAUCAAUAUUUUAGCAAAAGGUGAGGUUUAUUCUUAUAGUAGGUGCAAUAUUCCUGCUGUGUAUAUUUUUACUGCCAAUAUGUGGGUCAUUGAGAACUGUGCUUAAGGUACUAAUCCACCAUUACCGUCACUGACCUUUCACCUUUACUAAUGUGCCGUUGAUGAUAACAUGGUUUCACUGUGAAUAGCAGGUGGGAUAUCUAUAACUUGUCACCAUUAUAUUGUGCCAAAAUCUGUGACAAUUUCUGACUGUUUAUGGAUAAAUUUGCUAUAAUUAUGUACAGUUAGAUUGUGGUAAAUGUAAAUCAUUAUUUUUGUUUAUAUUUAUUUAAAAUUUAGUUAAUAUUAUGACAGCUCAUUAGUAAUGUAUUUUUGUUUCUUUUUCAUCUUAACACUUUCAUCAGAUUGAUUCCAAGAUCAAUUUCAUAUCCGGCCAAUCGGUUUAGACCAUCCCUGAUCCUCUCCAUACAAUUAAGUUCAGUAAUGACAUAUUUCCAAACUGUAAAUAUAAAUCAUGUUUGAAUGUUAAAUAUCAUGUUUUGUGAUUAAUGUCUUUGUAAAGUAAGACAUUUAUUUUGGAUGUUUCCAAAAUAUUUUUUCAAGAAACCAAUUAUAGGAAAAACCAGAGAGCAGAGGUCUGCAUUUUUGCUUGCAUGCUUUUUUAGUUUUUCAUAGUUUUACUAUUGGAAGACUUAGAUUUCAAGGGCAUUGUAUGUUCUUUUUAUUUUUUCAAGUAUUACUAGGCAUAAUUGGCAGAAUAAUAAUAUUGUUAAUAAUAAAUAAGUUGGACUUAAUAUAGCAAUUAAUGACCAGCACUUCGUGUGCUUACACUUAAGUACUUGGUUUCCACAAACUAAGUAAUGUGUGUUAUACGUGUUUAGAUGCAAGCCAUACAAAGGAAUACAAGACAAAAUUAUAUUAUUAUUUUCAAUUGGAUUUAAUUUAAUGAAAUAUAUUGUACUUAAUUAAUUUUGCAUGCAGUGUCUGGACAUGUAGAUAGCGGUAUUCAGUAGCGAACCUGUAACACACAUUUAAAGAUAACAUCAGGAUAUGUUCAUUAGUACUUUUUUUAUUAUAUGUGUGGAUGGAUUAUAAGUGCUGUAUUUUACGUCAUUGUGUCACAUAUAUGUGGAAAUUGAUUUAAAGUAUUACUAAGACAUUGAGGCAUUGUAUUAAUGUUAAACAGACUUCCAUUAUAAAUUGUUCCUUUGGUUCCAACCUGCUUAAGAGUGCACAAAGAAUUUUAAUUGCAAAGGUCACUAGUCGCCAUGUUUUUUUUGAAUAGUUAAUUCUUGCAAUAUCUAAAGUACAACAUUUAUUAGAUAUUGGAACUUAAAAUACAUGUGAUGUCUGUGUAUUAUAUUUAGAGUAUAAAAUGUAAAACUAUUAAAAAAAAUCCUAGCUCUUACAGUAUUUAAACCAUCUAACAGUACUGAUGUGUUUUAAAUAUGUAACUUGAAUCCAAGCAGGACUUUCCCGCACAUAUUUUUUAUUGCUUUCCUAGGACCUGUGGCCUUGCCCAAGACUAGUUGGCUUACUCCGGACCAGUGAUAUAGCCAUUGAACAAAUUGGUAUCAUAAAUUUUAUUGUCAGUGUAAAAUUAACCGAUGUUUUUUAUAUAACAAAUUGAAAAUAUGUAAAUACAAUUAUUGUAUUUUAAAAAAUGCAUAACUAAUACAGAUUACAAGACUUAGUCUACAAAAUCAAGUUUUUUUUUCAAGUGGUUGCCCAUAUAUAGGCAUGAUGAUGUCAUAUCACACCCUAAUAUUGGUAUGAUGAUGUCAUAUUACACCCAAAUAUGGGCAAUUCAUAAAAUUUGAUAGUGUUUAUUGUCAGUGACCAUAAUUUAUUGUCAGUGACCAUGAUUUAUGAAUUUAAUAGCUGGAGGGUACAAAUUCUUGAUGAAAUAUACAUCUUUUCUAUUUAAAAACAGGAUUUUUGCAUUCCCAUCAGAAGAAUAUCAAGUUUAAUAAUAAUUAUAAGCAAAGCUUACCACUGAUACAAGUCAGAAUCCCUAUACUUUACCAAUGAAAGUUUGUAUCUGGUGUCUUAUAUAGUAUCUUUGGCUUCAAAAACUAAACUUGAUGAACAAGCUGCUUUUUUCACCUUAUGCAAUUUAAUUUGUUAUAAGUGGAGUCAUACAUAAGGAAACAAGAUCCCGUAAAAAUGUGUAAAUAUUUGUGUUAGUAUAAUAGUAAAAUUGCAUGUGUUCUAAAUUUAAAACAAAGCAAUAGACUGUAUUAAAAUGCGUAUGGUUACUGUUUAGUACCGGUAUAUUUCAUUAGUGUAGAUUUCUUGUUGUACAAUAGCCUAUAAUUGCAUGCAUGAACAGACAAUUUUUAUUGAAAUAGUUUUAAAUCUUUGUUAUGUGGUCCUUCAAAACAGCUUUAUACCUCAUUAGAUAAAGUGUUUUACCUGCAAAAUGUAACAAACAGUUUACAGAAUUAUAAGAUGGUGCAUUUUUGUAUAAGAAAAAGUAAGAGCAAAUUAUGUAUACAAAUAAUCAUGCAAAUAGAAUAUAGAACGUAAUCAAAACGGUUUUUAAGAUGUUCCUCCGGGAUAACAUCAAGAUGUUAC